AUGCUGGCGGAGCAGGAGAACCAGGAGAACGUGCCCCCGCCGGCGGCCGGCAAAGCCGCGGCGCCGCCGCCCGCCGCCGGCACCCGCGUGGCGCUGGGGCUGCUGCGGGGGGCGCAGCAGCGCGCCGGGAUCCCGCUGCAGGCGGCGCGGGGCGGCUGCGAGGGCCAUGGAGCGGCGGCGGGGUUGCAGCAACACCAACACCAGCCCUUCUCCGUCCAUGUGGACGAGCCCGACGGGGAACGGGAGCCGCGGCGGCAGCGGGGUGUCCCGGCCGGGCAGAAGGAGGAGGCGGCGCUGGGGCUGCGUGCGGCCGUGUGUACCCUGGGCGAGCGGCGGCCCCUGGCUCCCCUGGGCAACGCCAUGGAGCUGAGCUUCGAUUCUCCAAGUAUUAUGGAUAUGUCAAUAACCUCAGAAACAGAAGAGAAAGCACCAAACGUUAAUAACGUGCCAGACUAUAUCAGUGAAAUCCAUUCAUACCUGAGGGAAAUGGAGGUGAAGUGCAAGCCCAAAAUAGGUUACAUGAGGAAGCAACCUGAUAUCACAAACAACAUGCGGGCUAUUCUUGUGGACUGGCUGGUGGAAGUUGGAGAAGAAUACAAAUUACAGAACGAAACCCUGCACUUAGCUGUGAAUUACAUUGAUAGGUUUCUUUCUUCCAUGUCUGUUUUGAGAGGGAAACUUCAGCUUGUGGGUACUGCAGCUAUGCUGCUCGCAUCAAAGUUUGAAGAGAUCUACCCUCCUGAAGUAGCCGAGUUUGUCUACAUCACAGAUGAUACCUACACCAAGAAGCAGGUCCUAAGGAUGGAGCACUUAAUUCUGAAGGUUUUGUCAUUUGACUUGGCAGCUCCAACAAUCAACCAGUUCCUCACCCAGUACUUCCUACACCAACAGACAGAUGCUAAAGUGGAGAGCCUGUCCAUGUACCUGGGAGAGCUGAGUCUAAUUGAUGCUGAUCCUUACCUGAAAUACUUGCCAUCAGUUAUUGCUGCUGCAGCAUUUCAUCUGGCAGGUUACACACUCACUGGACAAAGCUGGCCUGAAUCCCUGUGCAAAGUAACGGGCUACACCCUUGAAGACAUCAAGCCUUGCCUCAUAGACCUACACAACACCUACCUCAAAGCAGCCCAGCACACACAACAGUCCAUAAGGGAAAAGUACAAGAGUACCAAGUACCAUGGAGUAUCUCUCAUUGACCCACCAGACACACUAAACUUAUUGUAGUAAUCAAGAGACUGAUCUUUUUAAGAGAUGUAUAUUACCAGGAAAUGAUGUACAGUUUUAAACAUGGUUCAGGAUCCUAGAUAUGAUCACUCAGAACAUGAAU